CCCCACCCCAGCACAGCAUCAUCCAGACAGAAUUCUACCAGAAAACCCUGGAUUCCCGCCUGGAAGGCGACGAGUUCAUGUUCGAUUUCGACGGCGACGAGAUUUUCCACGUGGAGAAGGAGCAGACGGUUUGGAGGCUGCCCCAGUUCCAAGAAUUCGCCAGUUUUGAGGCUCAGGGAGCGCUGCAGAACAUCGCCAUCGACAAACAGAACCUGGAGAAUUCCAUGAAGGCCUACAACAACUCGCGCGCCACCAGCGUGGCCCCCGACUCGGCCGUGUUCCCCAAGCACCCGGUGCUGCAGGACGAGCCCAACAUCCUGAUCUGCUCGGUGACCAAGUUCUGGCCGCCGGUUCUGGGGCUGAGCUGGCUCAAGAACGGGGCACCGGUGGAGGAGGGCGUGCUGGAGACGCCGUUCUACCCCGACCGCGACAACACCUUCCGCAAAUUCUCCUACCUGCCCUUCAUCCCCGAGCCCGGAGAUUACUACGAUUGUAAAGUGGAGCACGAGGCGCUGGGGGAGCCCAGGAUCACGCAUUGGGAGCCGCAGAUCCAGGCGCCGGCGUCGGAGGCCACCGAGACGGUGAUUUGUGCGCUGGGCCUCGCCGUGGGCAUCGUGGGCAUCGCCGCCGGCACCGCGCUCAUCAUCAGGGGGAUGAAGCUCGGCCGCGCCCGCGCCGAGCGCGGAGUGCUCUGAGCGCCGGGGAGGAGCCCCAAAACGUGGGGGAAUUGGCUAAAAAAUCCGUGCCAAAAUGCUGAAAGUUUUCCCCAAAAUCCUGAGAAAAUUCCCUCAAAAAUUCUGUGGAUUAACCCCAAAAUCCGGAGAAAUUCCCUCAAAAAUGCUGUCCUAAAAUCCGGAAAAAUUUCCCUUAAAUUCGGAGAAAUUCCCUCAAAAAUUCUGUGGAUUAACCCCAAAAUCCAGAAAAAUUCCCUCAAAAAU